CACAGACAAACCUGCACGUCACUGAACUCAGUCAACUCAACAGAAUGAUGAAGCUGUUAGUCUUGGCUUUAACCAUCAGCCUGCUGUUUACAGCCGGUGAAGCCUUGCAGUGUCACCGUUGUGUCUCCAGAGUCGCUGGAGGAGCCUGUGAACUCAGUUUAGAGACAUGUCCACCAGAUAAAGAUGCCUGUGCUGCUGCCAAGUUCCUCAGGCAUCCAUUUGCCCAGUACCAGAAAUGCAUGCGUCAGACAGACUGUGAAAUGCUGAAGAGAAAUGCCUACAUCGAUAUCAAGUGCUGCGGCGACGACAUGUGCAACACCUUUUAAAAGUCAAUAUGAAGUUGUCUAAAACCUGGCCAUGUAUUUGGAGGACAGCUGUGCGAGGCCAGACUCCUACAAACUGAAUCAGGUGUAAACAGACAUCUGAAUCCAAAGCAGCUACCUUCUGGAUGAAAACCUCCGUGCCAGUGCUUUUAACUUGACAAAUAAAGUACGACAAAAAGCCUGUUUGCUGUUUUAUUGACUGGAAAUCCUUAAGCGUUUUCUUUUCACAGCCACUAACAAGGUCUAUCUCCACCUCAUCCUAAAAAUAGCAGGCAUCAGAUGGCUGGCUUAUUUUAUCGACUUUUCUUGCAGUUGUUUCUUUAUCUCUGUGGCAGCUUUCAAUCUGACCAUGUUCAGACUUCAGUACAUUUAUGUCCCUUCUCUAAGUUACACUUCAGAGGCAGAAAACAAAUUCAUUACUCUUUCUUUCAGUUCUUUUCUGAAGUAAUAACCCACUCUCAACCCUGCUUUUACAUAACCACUUUUUGCUUUAAUGAUUACAAUCAAAAACAUUUGUACAACAUUUUCAACAUUAGAAAAUGGAUGCAGAUUUUUUUGGCUGACAGUAACCGCUAUGAAAACAAACUGAGGGACAGAGAAGUGGGAAGGGGGAGGGGGUUGAACUGCACGGAGAUGAAGUAGAAAAAGAGCUGUAGUAUAUUUGAGAGACCAAACAGCUGGUGAUGUAUCAGAAGAAACGUCUGUGUUUACUUAUCCAUUAUCAGAGCAUAUGCAUGGCAGACAUGACAUUUCUCUUAUCUCUUGUUAUUUAAACAGAGAAGCCUAUAUGGGAGCUGCAUAAUGAGAAGCUAGGAUGCAUUGAGCCACUGCUAUCUCUGGCCUUUGUCAUUACCAAGCAUGGGGAAUAAAAAACAUUUUUUCUGAUACAUCCAAAUGAUAUUCUGUGUUUUGCAUCAGUGCGGAGCACAGAGAUGGAUGAGGGGUGGACUGUGGGACAUAGAAGACAAAGGAACCGCCACUCAUCCUCUUUUUUUUUUUUUUUCAAACACACAAAGAAAACCAAGGAUGACAAAAAGGGA